UUGCGAAAAAAUAAGUUACCAAGCGUCUCGCACUUUUUUCGUCUCGGGACAAGCACAGCAUGGUUUCAAUUUCUUCGGCUCCUCUUUAGCCCCCGGCUGUUGCGUGGAAGCCGCCUCGACUUUCUCACUCACGUUCCCCAUUCUUGUCUAUCAAACAAUUAGCUAAUGACCACGAAUUAUGCAAUAUUAGUGCGAUUAUUUCGCAAUUACUUGAAAUUUGCACCGAAAUUAUUUAACCCACCUAACCUCACUUGUGCGACAGCUGACAAGUGGUGCGCAUGCACCUCUCCACGUAAAAAAUGUCAAAACAUUCCGUGCCUGUUGUUUUGGUACGAAAGUGCUGAAUAUUCAAAAAAAAUAAUGAAUUAUGUAUUGAGCUGUGGAGUAUAAGUGUCUGGAGAUUAAUUAGUUGUUGCGUUAAUUGGGUUAAGAUGGCUCAGGUGAAGAUAGACGAGGAGCUCAAACGUGGUAAAAUCCGGCGUAGCAACGUGUGUAGGCAGUUGCGAGUACUCGCAGUAAUCAUGCUCUCGUUUAUAAGGUAUUACAUUGAUCUCCUGAUUGACAAAGUGUUCGGGUUGUACUACAACUCGCGCGUGCAGCGCGUGGAGAAGCCCCCGAGUAAAAUCGUGCUGGAGAGCGCCACCUCCCUGGCCCGCAAGAUCCGCAAACGCGAGCUAAAGUCCGAGGAGGUCGUCCGUGCCUUCAUCGACCGCGUCCACCAAGUGAACAAGCUCCUCAACUCGGUGGUGGACGAGCGCUUCGACGAGGCGAUCGAAGACGCCCAGAACCUGGACAAAGACAUCGCCGAUGGGAAAAUCACCGAGAAAGAUUUUGACAAAAAGCCAUUUCUCGGGAUACCUUUUACCACAAAGGAAUCGACAGCUUGCAAAGGUCUCUCCAACACGUUCGGCUUGCUCAACCGCCGGCUCCAGAAGGCCGCAUUCGAUGCCCAAGUUGUGCAAGAGAUGAAAAACGCCGGAGGGAUACUGAUCGGGGUCACCAACGUGCCCCAGCUCAACCUGUGGCAGGAGACCUUCAACCCCGUGUACGGCGUCACCAACAAUCCCUACAACACCACGCGGAACGUGGGGGGCUCCUCGGGGGGCGAGGCCAGCAUUAUCGCAGCCUGCGGCUCCCCGAUCGGCAUCGGGACGGAUAUAGGGGGCUCCCUGCGGAUCCCGGCCUUCAUGUGCGGGGUUUUCGCCCACAAGCCCACCUCGGGCCUGAUCUCGACACAUGGGCUCACGUUCCGCACCGGCAAGGAGCAGGAGACGAUGGUGGUGGUGGGGCCCAUGGCUAAGUACAGUGAGGACUUAACCCCGUUUUUGAAAGUCUUACUAGGCGAAAACUCCGCCAAAUUAAAGCUAGAUCAAAGUGUUGACGUGGCCAAAAUCAGGGUCUAUUACGUCACUGACCCGAAGGACCCCUUCGUGAGCCCCUUCCGGGACGAGAUGAACAAAGCAAUGCUGAAAGUGAUCAGGCAUUUUGCCGAAAUUUUGCCCGAAAAGCCCGAAAUGGUCAACAUUCAGGAGCUGAAAUAUGGGGGGAAGCUUUGGCGCUAUUGGAUGACACAGGAGCCAAACACUAACUUUAACCUUGAUCUCGGGAAUCGCGAAACAGAAGUUAAUAGCGUGAUUGAAUUAUUGAAAUUUUGUAUUAGAAUAAGUGACUAUAACAUCGCGGUUAUGCUAAACCUAGUUAAUGGCCUCCUCCCGGCUGAGAAUGCCGAAUGGGUGAGAGAAAUCACUGACACUCUCCAUAAAAAAUUAACGUCGAUUUUGGGCACCAAUGGGGUGCUGAUUUACCCCUCGGCCCCCUUCCCGGCAAGUUAUCACUAUAGCGCGGUCUUGAGACCUUGGAAUAUGAAUUUGUUUGGGAUUUGGAACGCAUUGAAGUUCCCCGUUACGCAGGUGCCUUUGGGGCUGGGCCAGGAGGGCCUGCCGUUGGGGGUGCAAGUGGUGGCAGCCCCCUUUCAGGACCACCUAGCUAUUGCCGUAGCUAAGGAAUUGGAGAAGACGUUUGGCGGAUACGUGCCGCCCUUUUAAAUGAAUAUGUGGGUUUUGGGGGGUUGGGGUUUUACAUGUUGUUAUUUUCCUACUUAAUUUUAUUUAUACAACUGUACGCUUUAAUAAAUAAAAGACAAGUUUUUGGUU